AUGUUGAAUUUGAGUAUUUUACAAAUGGAAGAAAUAUCCAAACCCAGAACCCACAAAAGUAUUGCAUGUAUUCCUUUCUUUGCUGGUCCUUUGGCAGAUUUGGUGGGACGUAAAUGGUUACUACUCGGCAAUUCGACAUUGUUCAUUCUUGGCUAUAUCCUACUGAUGCUUGGGGGAAAAGUAUGGAUUAUACUUGUGGCUCGCGUAAUACUAGGACUUGGCUGUGGCUCAGUUAUGACCGUUGUCCCAAUGUAUAUCGGGGAAAUAGCUACAGAUAAUGUUCGAGGUGCCACCGGGUCGCUGAUGAAUUUGUUCGUUGUGUCUGGCAUCCUUUAUGUUUAUGUCAUUGGUCCCUAUGUCUCCUACCAGGUGCUACAAUGGUGCUGCCUUGCCAUACCCAUUGCAUUUGUUAUUUGCUACUCGCUUAUGCCUGAAAGUCCCUAUUAUUUAUUGGCAAAAAAUCGUAAAGAGGAUGCUAUGAAAUCAUUGCAAUUUUUGCGAGGACGAAGUUCAAACGAUGUACAGCAGGAAUUGUCGGAAAUUGAGAAAUUCUUAGAAGAAUCUAAGGCAACACAGGCCUCUAUGAUGGACCUCUUCAAAUUGCCGGGAAAUCGUAAAGCCCUGUUGAUAACCACCGGUCUCCUGGUAUUUCAACAAUUAUCUGGCAUCGAUGCAGUACUCUUUAAUUCCCAAUCAAUAUUUAUGAAUGCCGGCAGCAGUUUAGAUCCAGCAGUGGCCACCAUAAUUGUGGGUACUGUGCAAUUUGCAGCAUCUCUAGUCAUACCCAUCAUUGCAGAUCGCAUGGGACGCCGGGUAAUCCUCCUGACUUCAUCAAGUAUUAUGGCAUUGUCCUUGGCUGCAUUGGGUGCAUUUUUCUAUGUCAAAAUGGAUUCCGGCAAUGUGGACUCUAUUCUAUGGUUACCGGUUACGGCUCUUGUGAUCCACAAUAUUUUAUAUUGUAUUGGUUUUGGUGCUCUGCCCUGGGCUAUUUUGGGUGAAAUGAUUCCACCAAAUUUGAAAUAUAUUGCCUCACCAAUUGCCACCUCGUCAUGUUGCGCUGCUGGUUUUGUGGCCACCUAUGUUUAUCCUUAUUUGGAUGCCAUGGGGACUUAUUAUGUUUUCUGGAUAUUUGGUGGAUGUUGUGUCCUGGCUUUUUUGUUUAGUUUCUUUGUGGUGAUUGAAACGAGAGGCUUGAGUUUACAGGAGAUACAAGAUAAGCUACACACAAAGAAAAUGUGA